AUGGGCUCAAUGAUCGACGAUAGCAUCCUUGAGUAUCUAGGUGUCGUCGUCAAAGGCACCGCCUAUCCUCCUGGUCUACCUGUCAAGGCUACCGAGGGCCCCAAUCAAACCCUAGAGCACCUGAAAAAGUGCUAUGUCUCCAACCAAAACAGGUGCUUCGAUCAGCAGACUUGGCCAAGGAGGAGAUGA